CUCGCCACAUAUCACAAUGUCUCUCAUGCGGUUACCGCUGCGCUCGGCGGCCGCCUCGUCGCGGACCUGCACACGGGGCCUUGCAACGACCGCGGGUCGCCAGAACGCCGGAAACCUCCUGGACAUCCUGGGAAGCAGCUCCCCGAACCGCGCCGCCCCAGAGAAGCCGCUCUCCCCGCCGACCGAGGCCGCCCGAGACCCCAAGCUGGCCAUGCGCAUGGGAGCAAUGGCCUUCGAGGGCGGCGCCGACCGCCAGCGGGCCCUCCUCCAAGCGAGCCAGGAACGCCAGUCCUUCCAGAAGCAGUUCUACCGCAAGUGGAACACGGGCGACGUCUACGCGCCGCACGACCUGUCCGCCGUGGAGCAGAAGAAGUGGAAGAUGGCCCGCAAGACGCCCUCGAGCGACGCCUUCGACACGCUCGGCAUCAACCCCAUCCUCGAAUACAAGAACUUCACCAUGAUGUCCGAGUAUGUGUCUGAGACGGGCCGUAUAAAGCACUCGCGGGAGACGGGCCUGCGUCCUAAGAACCAGCGCAAGAUCGCAAAGGCGAUACGGCGCGCCAUCGGGCUGGGCCUGAUGCCCAGUGUCCACAGACACCCGCUGGUCAUGAAGAAGGUGAACCCGGGUCGGUUUACCUGAGGAACCGAGGUUGUACCAUGAGGGCUGAUAUAGACCGAGUAUGUAUUUUAGCGCAAUGUAUUAACACGGCACAGCGCCUGUACCAUAUCACAUCAACCCACCGAGAGCCGCCCUGCCGGAUCGAUACCAUGUGUGAUUCCAUCUGCUUGACCUCAUCACUGCGACUCCCCCAACAACGCCCUCCUCUCACCCGCUCCCCCUCCCUCCGG